UCGUCAACCUUGUGUAUAUUUCUGUAUCCAAUUCCUUUGCAGCGCUCUAGUUUUAGAAUUGCUGAUCAUCAUUCUCUCACGUAUCACUCUGCAAACGGACAGGACAUACCUCUUUCACUUCUCCCCGCCACCCCAAACAAUGCCCUCGAAACGUCCUCGCAAACCUCUCUUCUACAUCCACCUCGUUACCCAUUGGAAAAAACCAACCCCAAAACUUAAGCCAAAGCAUAGUUGCCCACCAGCCUACAACACCUACAUUUGCGAGCCUAGCACCUCGCACUGUCACUCCCACUCUCACCUCACAAAAACAUCUCACCACACCACCAUGAGCUCCACAACCCCACCCUCCUUCAUCGACGACGCCAUCUCGCUAACCAACCGCCUACCCCGGGGCCUGGGUCCACAUCAAGUAGCGCAAUGGCUCUUACGGCACGGAUCCGACACGUCGGCGUACACGGGCAGCUUCAUCGACGACAAUGCGGACAGCGUGUUACGCGACAUCGGUGUAUCAUCCCACCACGCGCGCGACAGAAAAAAAGAGAAGAAGAAGCACAGCAAAGAGCAAGUGUGGAACGAGUAUGUGCGGAAAGCGGUGAGCGGAGAUGUGCAGCGGCAUAUAGACAAGAUACGGGGGCUGCGUGGGUGUGUGCGGGUGCAGAAGAUUGGGGGUGGUGGCGUGGGGGAAAGCGAGAAGAAGAAAGAGAAGGUGUGCGUACCGUUGCCGCGGGAGUGGGGGACGUUUGUUAUCAGGGAGAAGGAUGGGCGAGUUGUGGUUGUGGAUGAGGAGGGGGAGUUCGAUUCUGGGGCGCAGCAGCAGCAGCCAAGGUGGGCUUGGAUUAAGGCAUCUGAGGCUGAGUCUGUGAGAGGGGAUGGGGAGCAGCUGAGACUGGAGCAGCAUAUGGGUUCAGGCCGGUCCGAGGGGAGUGCUAAAACGGCGAGGAGGAGGCAUAAGAAAUUUGGACGGUGCAGUAACCAGGGCCUGCCAACAAAAGUACUCGCGCCUAUCCCAGAAUUUGAGUGCGAGAGUGGAUGCCUGUCUUCUGGAAGCGAGACCACCAGGUCACCGGCAGAAUUCAUGAUGAGUGGUACAAAUGCAUGGUCACCACACACUCAGCCUUCAGCUGUGUCUACAGUUGACUCAGCAAGCGAGAGCUGGGACUACAGGAGCUCAAAAUCGGUAGCCGAGAUGGUGAGAAAGGGGUACAGGCACGUCAAGCCAGUUUCUAGGGAGAGUAGGCGCGCUGGAGACGCGUGGGAAGUGGAUGGUCCGGAUCAUUGGUACCAGAAUAAUGGGUCGACCUCGAGCAAGAGCAAAAAGUCGACCAAGAGUUGCUCGACAUACAAGGCGCCGGCCGUGGAAGAUGCAUCCAGUACCUCGUUGGGAGGUGAUGCCAGGAAUUUGCCUCACCCAUAUACUUGGGCAACCAGUCCAUCCAACAGCGUAGGCAACUGGAGUCGCAGACGAAAGGCAGCAGACAAUCCUGCAUGGACGGGUACCCAAGCUUAUCCCUCACAGCAACACGUCCUGAACAAUACACCUACGACACACUCGUCAAGCGAAGUAACAUGGGACGGGUUCGAGCGCGACAAGACACUAAGUGACGUCAGCAUUGCAGGCUCCAGCAGCACACACGGGUGCCCUAGUAAUAAGAGCAUGCAAAGCAAUCAUCAUGACACAGGUCGGCGAAGCACGUCUCGCGAGCAAAGACGCGCUGAUAAUCAGCAUGGCUGGGAGGCGCACGGAAGUAGCAGAAGAGGCACUGUCAGAUACGGGAAUGGCUUCGAUGAGGACAACGCGACGUAUCUAAAUGCGAAUUGGGGCGGGACACCGGUACGCGUGACUAAGUACUAGUCUUGUCGGUCUUCCGAGGCUGAAAAAAAGUAUAUCGGACUUUUUUAUGUGGGGUUCGGCGAUUGGCGUGGGUGCUUGGACUAGUACUAGAACCACGAAAGCGCGACUGAUGACGGACCGUGUUGAAGAAACGAGACCUGGGGAUUUUUAGUGGGGACUAGGAUGAAUUGAUGGAAAAUGGAUUUUUUUCUCCC